GUUGUGCUGUCGCUGGUUUAUGAGUGACCCGGCUCCUAAUCCUGUGGACGUGAAGAACAUAAAACACUCACAACAGUACUCGGGUAAAAUGUCCGAUCGGAAAGCUGAGUUGGAGAGGAAGAAGGCAAAGUUGCUGGCUCUUAGAGAGGAGAAAGACAGAAGAAAGAGGGAAAAAGAAACUAAAGAGAAGCUCAUGGGCCGGGCCAGCGACAGCGCGCGUGGUCUCACCGCGCCGGGCAGGGAGAGCCAGCAAGACCUGGACAAAAUCUUGUCAUCUCUUGAUAUUACAUUAUUUAUAAGCUGCACUGCUGUCAUCAAAUACGGCAUUAAAGUUUGA